UUGUGUCUGGAUGCAGCCCUGGAGCGGGGUGCAGGGCUUUCCUCAGAGGGCGCUGUGUGAGGGAGGGAGUGUGUGUCUGAGGGGGAGCGUGUGUGCGUGUCUGUGCUAGAGUCGACCCCGGGCCCGGACCUCCCGCCUCCCGCUGUCAGCAGCUCCUGCGGCUCCAGGCGCGGCGGCGGCGGCAGAGGCAGCGGGCUCGGCCCCCGCACAUGCCGCCGGCCCCCGACGGGGGCUGCCCCCAGGCCGCGGUCCUCCUCGCCCUCCCUAAUCGCCGACCCCCCGCGGGCCAGGCCGCCCCUAGGCCCGGUCCCUCUGCCAAACUUUGCAAAGUCGGGCCCGCGUCCCCCUCGCCCUUGGUCGUUCCCGGGUUCGGCGGCGGCGACAGCCCCGAGAGCAGCAGCAGCCCCAGCGGCGGCGGCGAGAGAAGGAGGCGGCGGCGGCAGCAGCAUCAAAGAAACGCGAUUCCCGCUGCCUGGGGGGGAGUCAUGCUUUGCAGUCUGUAAUGUCAGCAGAACAGGAGAAGGAUCCCAUUGCGCUGAAGAGAGUUCGAGGUGGUGACAGUGGACUGGAUGGGUUAGGAGGACCAGGUGUACAACUUGGAAGCCCAGAUAAGAAAAAGCGGAAAACAAAUACCCAGGGGCCUUCUUUUCCUCCACUGUCUGAAUAUGCCCCACCACCAAAUCCGAAUGCUGACCAUCUAGUAGCAGCUAAUCCGUUUGAUGACAAUUAUAAUACCAUUUCCUAUAAGCCUUUACCUUCAUCAAAUCCAUAUCUUAGCCCCGGUUAUCCUGGAUUUGGAGGCUACGGCUCAUUCAGAAUGCCACCUCAUGUACCUCCAAGAAUGUCAUCCCCAUACUGUGGUCCUUACUCACUUAGGAACCAGCCACAUCCAUUUCCUCAAAAUCCUUUAGGCAUUGGUUUUAAUCGACCUCAUGCUUUUAACUUUGGGCCACAUGAUAAUUCAGGUUUUGGAAAUCCAGCAUAUAAUAGUCCAAUAAGUCAGAAUGUUAAUAUGUCUAAUCAACAUUUUAGACAAAAUCCUGGUGAAAACUUCAAUCAGAUUCCUCCACAGAAUGCCAGCCAAGUAUCCAAUCCAGACUUGGCUUCUAAUUUUGUCCCUGGAAAUAAUCCAAAUUUUACCUCCCAAUUAGAAUCAAAUCAUUCAUUUAUCCCUCCACCAAACACUUUUGGUCAAACAAAAGCACCCCCACAAAAACAAGACUUUAGUCAAGGAGCAACUAAAAGCACUAAUCAGAAUUCUUCUGCCCAUCCCCCUCAUCUCAAUAUGGAUGAAACUGUAAACCAGGGCAAUAUUGACUUGAAAAAUGUUAGUCGAAACAAUACAGUAAAUCAAGAAAGCAACCGCUCCAACAGCACUGAUAAUGCAAACAGCAGUCAUGCAAAUGGAACUCAGAAUAAGCCCCGUCAGCCCAGAGUUACAGCUGAUGGGUGUAACUCUGAAAAGAGCAACAAAACCACUCUCCACCCUAGUCGACAUGGCCAUUCAUCAUCAGACCCAGUAUAUCCUUGUGGCAUUUGUACAAAUGAAGUGAAUGAUGAUCAGGAUGCCAUCUUAUGUGAGGCUUCAUGCCAGAAGUGGUUCCACCGGAUCUGUACAGGGAUGACUGAAACUGCUUAUGGCCUCCUGACUGCAGAAGCUUCAGCAGUAUGGGGUUGUGAUACUUGCAUGGCUGACAAAGAUGUACAGUUAAUGCGCACGAGAGAAACUUUUGGACCACCUGCAGUGGGCUCUGAUGGGUAAUCAGUUUUUUAGAAUAGUUUUUUUUCAUUGCUAUUACAUAGGAUCUUAACAUUUCACAUUACAGAAAAAAAACCCAAUUAUUUAUCCUUUAGUUUUUAAAAUAUUUAGCUUCAUUACUACUGUAAAUUUUGUAAAGUAAUAAAAGCCUCUUUAAUCUUCAAAACAAUCUGCUAAAAUUUAGAUUGGUUACAUAUAGGUUGUAAUUAUUAAAAAAAACAACAACCCAGAAUUAGUGAAUCCAAAUGUAUUUUUUAAUGGAAUAAACUGUACCAAAGUACUGAACUUUGAAUAUACCAUAUAAAACAGAAUUUAGCAUCCCCUUUUCUUAGGGUCCAUUUAGCUUGUUUUAAGAAUAUUUUGUGUUUAAGUGAAACACAAAUGGGAAACACUAAGGUAUUAUAACUUUUUAAGCAAACAAUACCAGAUUUUUCCAGCUAUCUCAAUUUUAUUUACCUUCACAUUUGAAAAUAUUCCUUGUCAGUGCAUUAUCUAUGUAUGUUGCAGUUAGGAAGAUGCUGUACACAUAUAGUAGGAACUUAAUUCUGGUCUGUUUUUUCUGUUUGACUUUAGUUAGAGGUAAGUACUGAAAAUUCUCAAAAGCUGUGGUAAAUAACACAUACAUAUUUUUAGGAAGUUUAAAAAUAGAUGAACCCCAAAUCUGGGUAGAUAGCAUUUUGUGAAAAUUAGCACUUAAUAAUGCAGGUUAAACCAUAGUCCUUUUUUCUUUUCCUGCCAUUUGGUAGUCAGUAAUAUGUAAAAUUCCUAAUUUGUCUACAUUGUAUUUUUGUUGGAAAUAUGUAAUUGCUGUAAACUUUUAAUCAAUCAACUUAGCUGAUUACAUUUUUUUUUUUUUUUGGCUUUUGUGUGAAGAUUUUAAAAAAUGAUUCAUUGCAUGUGGUAUUUCUACUCUUAGAAUGAGAUCGUAAUUUCUUCUGUUUGCAUAAAAUGUACAAAGCUGGAUAGAUCCUGUGAAUAAAGCAUUUCAAUGUUUGUUCUCAGGAGUCCACUUAACAUUCUAAAGGAUAAUAUUUGAGUUAUAUUCUGUGCUUAAAUUGAUUCUGCAUUUCCUUUAGCUCUUUACUUAGAAUUACACUACUCUUUAUGAUGUGCAGCCAGCUAUUUUUAUGAAAAUAAAAUAAAUUUACCUCUCCCAAACAAAUUUAAAGAUAAUUGGUUUGUAACAUUCUUUUCUCAUGCUCCAUUUUCAUAUAGAAGUUAUGUACUUGUAAUCAAGAGGGUUUUCAUUCAAAUAUUUAGGCUUGCAACAACAUUAGUAAAUAUUAUCUUGUAAAUAUUGAAAUGAAAACCACAUGUACUUGAUUUUGACAAUGUAUUUACCAUAUCUGAAUUGUAUAUUAAUAGUUGAAUGUUUUUGUAUGUUUAGAUCAGUAGUACUUUUAGUAUGUUCCUAUACUUAACUGUUCUUGGAAAGACAAGCUAUUGCCAAAUACCAAUAGAUUGGCUCAGUUUGACCAAAAAGGGAUUGAAUUCAUCAAAAAAAAAAAAAAAAUAUAUAUAUAUAUAUAUAUAAUCUUAUCUGGAUAGUGGUAGACUGUCCUGGAAGUAUUAGAAUUUGUAAUGAAAAGAUUUGCACAAAGGCAUGCCAUAUAAAUUCUCCAGCAUCACAGAUCUUUGUCUGAUGCAAUACCCUUUGCAUUCUUGGAAGGUUUCUUUUGUAACAAGAAAAAGUUUUUGAGCAAAAAAAAAUCUUAAAAAUUUUUCUAUCCAGGCUUGGAAGCCCUGUCCUUGUUCCACUUGGCUAAAAAUGUCGAGGCCUUUUAAAAAGGCUGUGUUAAUAGUGGAAAUUUUCACAAUGGCAAUUCCUCUACCAAAACUUAUCAUGAGGUUUUGUCUUGGUAUAUCACUGGAGUUCCUAUUAUGUUGGUUAUAAAGAUUUUGCAGAUUCACUAGAAUAGAAUUAGCGUAGUUUGUACAGAAAAAUAAAUUGUGCUUAUCAGUUAAGAGUGCUUAGAAUUAGAUCUGUUCUGAUUUUUACAUUAAAUUGUGUGAUAUUUUAAAAAGCAUUUCUAAAGAGUUAUUGUCAAAAUUAGAAUAAUUGUGUAAAUAAAACUGGACAUUUUCUUGGCUAGUGAUUGUUCUGCAUAGAUGACAAAAUAGCAUAUAAAGAAAUCUAGUGUUUUUUUAAAAGCUUCCAACACUGCCCAAUAAAAUGAUCUCCUUAACAGUGUGCUUUAACCUUGACUAUUGAUUUUAAUCCCAGGUAAAAAAAAAAUAUCAAGAAUCUUCAUCUACUAAUCUUUUGAAUUUGUCUUGCACACAUUAAAAUAGCUGAUGUGUAUUAUGUCCUUUACUUUGUUAACUAUUUUGUAAUUAAUAUUGAAAUAAUAUAUAAACAAUGAUUAUUUUUGGAGGCAGCUGAAGAGGCUUUAGAUUUCUUUUGCUAGUGUAAAAAGGCAUGAAAAAAAAACCUAUACAAUUUUAGAUUUUUUUUCAUUUAAAGGAUACAGGCAAGUCCUUUUACAAAUGUGGUAUAUUUUUUAAAAAUUAGUAAAUUUGGAACUCAAAACACAUUUUGCCAUAGAAAUAAUAUCUAUAAGAAGUGGUUAGGUUUCUAGGCUAGCCCAUAAAAGUCUAAUUAAUUCAUAUUGUAGCUGAAUUACAGUGUAACCUGACCUCUGGGUCUUUGAGGCAGGGGCUCAAUGGCCCAUAGAAGAGGGAGGAUAUGGAAAGAGGAAAACAGGGUCGUUCCUACCCCUUUCCUGGUACAGGGUCAGCCUCAGGCAGAGUUUUUAAGUAAAUAAAAUUUUGUCUUCUGUUGCCUUUAUAUUUUUGUUUCUGCAUUUCAAUCUUACAUAUUGCCUCUUCUCUGCAGAUCCCUAGAUUUCCUCAUGCUGUCCCAACCACUCCCCGAUAGGAUCAUAUCUCAACCCUACCUUCCUCAAAGCUCUCUAUUACCAAUCUCGCAUUUAAUCUAAACAUCCAUUCCUUUAAUCUAACUAAUCUAGCUAGUUUCAUCUAGCUUUUAGGAGGAAAACAAGCUGGUUGUUGUGUCUAUGGCUUUUUUAGGAUGCUGACAUCUUGGCCACAUACAUACAUACCUGUUAAGCUCUUCAACCAGCCUUAGCACUGACCUUUCCCUCCCUUUUACCUCUCCCUUUACUCCCAAAACUUUGGGUAUAGAAACUGUUAAUCAAUAGCUAUGGCUCAUUUAAUCUAUUCUACAUGCCAAUGGCUAAUAGCUACCAAUAGAAUGCUUUUUAACCCAAAUGAAUUUCUAAUUGGUGGGAUCUCAAGGAAUGUUACAAACUGAAAUGAAAAAAUAUGCAGCAUGAGGAGUGUUGGUGAGGUAUUUUGGAAUAGCCUGGGAUCAGUUUUCCUAACUAUUCUUCUUUUUUAAAAUUUCUUUUUUCUAUUCUUCUAAACCCAUAGUUGUUGUUGUUUUAAUUUCUAAGUUUUUUUCACAACUUUGAAAAACCCCACUCAAUAUCAUCUGGUCAUCUGGAUGACAUACUUUUGCCUGUUUAAUUGUCCAGUGAUAGGUAAAUAGUACCUUCUAUUUGAUGUGGGGUGGACUUUAGGGACAGGGGAUCCUGUCUCAAAAGGUAGAGGGGAAGAUAUUGAAUAAGCUAUUUUGAUGUAAAGGUCACUCAUAAGAAAGGCUUCAAAAGUUGAAGACUCUAAUUUUAAAGUUUCUACAAAAAUAGUAUGUCUUUUUUAUUUUUCUCAUUCUUGUUAGUAACACUAUCUCUAGUUAUAUUUAAAGGACUUCAUCUUCACUUACCAGUACUUUUCAUGUUAUAUAGAUGAUGUUGCCUGCUAGUCAAAAUGUUAUCUUUUAUAAAAG